AUCACACAACACGUAUUUCUUUUGACACUUUAUUGAUUAAUGUAACGGCACAUAAUUGUUGAGUUGAGUGCACGCAACUUUUCCGUUAUGUUCUGGUUCAUUUAUGUUUGUUUAAGUUUGUUAAUGUCUAUUUUCAUUUACCCUGGGGCUCGUGGUGUUCCGGGAGUGCGGCCGGCACUUGGGGUAGCUGUGUGCGUCGCAGUAUGUGGUCCGGGCAGAUCCUCCUGACUGGCAAGACGGAGCAGAACGUUCCAUCCGCCUAUGAACAUCUUGGCCGCGUUCAACUACGUCUUAGCCAGAGGGGAAUGGAGGGAAUUUGUCUAUUGUUGAUUUGGGGUUGUUUUGUUAGGAAUAAGAGGGUACUUAUAAUUUACUUAAUGUUUAGUUAAUUUAUCUCUAGAGAAAUGUUUUGUUAUCUUUUCUAUUGUUUUGUUGUUUUCUAUAAGUUAAUUGAUUUUGAUGGGAUCCCUUUUAAUAGUUAUUAGUUUGAUCUGUUUGUAUAUAAGUUUCCUUUUGUGCUCAUUCUGGGGUUCAUGGUGGAGGGUUCUGUUAUUUCUGUUAAAGUUAUCCUAAGUUUGGGCAUUGACACUGUCUUUUUAAUUUGGAAUAAAUCUAUUUUUUGAACCCGCAAUCCUGUGUCUCCGAGCCGACUGCUUGAUCCCUCACAUAUGGUGGCAGCGGUGGGAUCGGCCAGUAGGAGGCGCUGGAUUGCAAUUUUUUUUUUCCUCUAUUCCUUUUUUCCCCAUCACUACAAUUUUUUGCUGAAGUGGAGCUCGCCAGUCUGUGGAGAUGAGCCGGAAUUGCAGAGGACGAGGACGUGGCUCCAUACAUCAAGAGGCAUCUACAUCUGCUCCGGUGGCAAGGGAGGAGAGUGAGGAAGAGUGUCUGCAACCGAACAGCGAUGAGACCAGCCGUGACCUAACCCUGAAGGAUCUGGCCAGCAUGCUGCAAUCUCAUAUAGCUGCUCAGGAUGUCCGGGAAGCCAGGCGGAGCCAGGAGGCGGUCGAACAAGAGAGGCAAAUGGAGGCAUUAAGGGACCAGUUCAGUCGCAUGCAGCAGGAUGGCGGAAGGCGAUGGAGCUCAGAAGUACCCCGAGGUGGAGACGUGAGGGGCUCAGAUCGCCUGGAGGAUGAACAUGAGAUUGACGGGGCCUACCUUCUCCGGGCAACCUAUCCUGGGCUUCAUGCUCCUCGACAAGUGCAGCCGCGAGUGUUGGAGCCGAGACUGGUAAAGUUAACUGACUCUGAUGAUGUCGAACACUAUUUGAUAACCUUUGAGCGUGUUGCUGCAGCUUGCCGUUGGCCAAGAGCGGACUGGACGCUCCACCUUAUCCCUCUCCUGACUGGGAAGGCCAGGAGCGCCUAUGUCCAUAUGGAUGGGGAGGACUCACUGGACUAUGUCAAAGUCAAAGCCGCUAUACUCAGGAAGUAUGACAUCAAUCCCGAAACAUACAGACAGAGGUUCCGAUCCCUGGAGGUGGAGCCAGAGGAGAAUCCAAAAGAACUGUACGUGAGAUUGAAGGAGCUGUAUGUCAAGUGGAUUCAACCCAGAGGUAAAAGUGUUGAAGAAAUCAAUGAAAUUCUUAUCCUUGAACAGUACUUGCGAAUGUUGUCCCCUGAGUUACAGGUGUGGGUGCGGGAGCAUAAUCCUGAGACGGCAGCUGAGGCAGCAACCCUGGCAGAAGUUUUCGUGGCGGCACGGCAAAGGAACCGGCCCUGGGGCUAUAAUGCCUGGAAGACUGAAAAAGAACCUCGUAAGCCUGGUCCAACACAGCACACCCCGUGGGCCACUCAGGGUGCGGGUAAGCCUCCAAUGCGGGGGACUGCAGCAUCUUUUGUGCCAAAGACCUCUAGCCAAGGGCCUGUUUGUUACUAUUGUGGGCAAGAGGGCCACACAAAGCCAAUGUGUCCCAAGAGGGCAAAAAUGACCCAGAUGUGCUAUGUCCCCAGAGCUAAGGCCUAUUCCGCUCCAAAAGUGGACCAAAAGCUGAAACUGACCAGUGUGCAGGUCAAUGGCCGAGAGUUCCAAGCCCUUGUUGAUUCAGGGAGUGACCAAACGUUGGUGCAUAGGCGGUGCAUCCCAUUGGACCUUAUCCAGGCCGACUAUAUUCCUGUACGCUGUGUGCAUGGAGAUGAAAGACUGAUGCCGACUGCAGAUGUAUAUCUGAAAAUGAGAGAAAGGCUGGAGAAGAUGAGUACACUGGCCCAGGAGCACAUGAAGGGUGCUCAACAGCAGCAGAAAACCUGGUAUGACCAGUCAGCUCGCCAGAGGAGUUUCAACCCCGGACAGCAGGUGUUGGUGUUGCUGCCUAGCCAGGAGAGCAAGUUACUGGUGAGGUGGCAGGGGCCUUUUGAGGUGCGGAAGCAACUUGGGCCCACAACCUAUGAGGUUGCUACUCCGGGGCGAGGACGCACUAGUAAGGUGCUGCAUGUGAAUCUCAUGAAGGAGUGGGUCUCAAGGCCUGAAAGGGAGGUGAUGCUGGUCAGGAAGAUUGAAGAGGAAGAGGACAUGGAUGACCAGUACUUGCCUGGGUCCACUGCAGUGACCCUUGAUCUGGAUCAUCUCGCAGAAGAUCAGCAAUCCCAGGUGAGAGACUUGUGUAUUCCCCAACUCUUCUCUGAAAGUCCUGGUAGAACCAUGCUUGUUGAACAUGACAUUGUGUUAAACCCUGAUGCGGUAGUCCGACGUAUGAGUUACAGAAUACCGGAACGGCUCCAGGAGGCCCUGAAGAAGGAGGUAGACCUCAUGCUGGGAACUGGAGUCAUUGAACGCUCUCAGAGUGAAUGUGCCACUUGGGAGAGUCAUCUGGAGCAUCUGAAGGAGGUCCUGAGUCGUCUUCAGUCUGCAGGCCUGACCAUCAACGCCUCCAAACAGAUGCAUCUGAAAGGGGGCUGGGAGCUGUUCUCCUACAAGGGCCCGUGGAAGACCGUCAUCCUGUGGCUUAUGUCAGUAGAAAGCUGGUGCCCAGGGAAGUUCGCUAUUCUACAGUGGAGAAAGAGGCGUUGGCAAUGA